AUGCGCGAUGUCUACGCCCGCGCUCAAAUCUCCCCCAACGACACGGGAUAUGUCGAGGCCUACGGCACAGGCACCAAAGCGGGCGACCCCAUCGAGGCUGGCGCCAUCCACAGUGUGUUUGGCGACGGCCGAACAAAGCAAUCGCCUCUAUAUAUAGGCUCUAUCAAGACCAAUUUCGGCCACUUGGAGAACGCGAGCGGCAUCCUUUCCGUCAUCAAGGCAACCCUUAUUCUCGAAAAGGGCUUCAUCCUGCCAAAUGUUAACUUUAAAAAGGCCAAUGAGGCGAUCCCGUUGGACGCAUGGAACAUCAAGGUCCCCGUCGACGUUCGACCGUGGCCCGAGGACAAGCGCUUUAUGAGCAUCAACAAUUUUGGCUUCGGCGGCUCCAACGCGCACGUCGUCUUGGGCCACGGCCCGGCCGUUGCCUCCGAGCUUCCCCAGGAGCCCAACCGCGACUUUCCUCAGCUACUGGUCAUCAGCGCCAACGACGAGGGUGCCGUCAAGCGCGUGGCCUCCAAUGUCUGUGCCCACGCCGCGAAGCAUCCCGAGGACUCCCAGAAGCGGUUACUGAGAAAUAUGGCCUACACCCUCGGCGAGAGACGAAGCCACCUUCCGUGGCGAGUUGCCGUCGCCACAUCCACUUUCACCCAAGUUGCCAAAGUCUUGAGCGGCAGCACGAUUGCUCCGAAGCGGGCGGGCUCGACUCCGAGGCUCGCCUUUGCCUAUACAGGGCAAGGAGCUCAGUGGGCCAAGAUGGGCCACCAGCUGCUGCAGUCGCAUCCCGUCUUUGCCGAUACCGUAAAGGCUGCCUCGGACUUUCUCGACCGUCUUAGAGCAGACUUCUCGCUUCUGGUAGAGCUCUCCAAAAGCCCGGAAGAGAGCAGUCUAGGCAAAUCAUGCAUAUCGCAACCCCGCUGCACCGCCAUCCAGCUUGGGCUCACGGAUCUGCUGUCGUCUUGGGGCGUCGGCCCUGCUAUGGUCGUAGGACACUCGAGCGGCGAAAUCGCGGCCGCCUACGCUGCCGGCGCUCUCAUGCUCGAGGACGCCAUGGCCAUCGCCUACCACCGUGGUAGCUUGGGACCGGCCGAGGUUAAGCGCAUGAUUAAAAUCCUUGGCCUGUCCAAGAUCACGGUGGCUUGUGAGAACUCGCCCAGUUCCGUGACAAUAUCAGGCGACGAGGCAGGCAUCGACGCCCUUGCCGUCGAGCUUGAGAAGCAAAGGUGCUUUCACCGCAAGCUACGUGUCAAUGUUGCCUACCACUCGUCGCAUAUGCAGGUCAUCGCCGACUACUUGGCCGCCAUCAAGGAUGUGACGCCAAAGCCGCCACGGGGCGACGUUUCGUUCUACUCUGCACUCGAGGGGCGUAGGAAUGACCAGGCUUCGCCUGGUCCGACUUACUGGUCCAAGCCUGACAUGAUUGUCGAGAUUGGCCCUUACUCUGCCCUCGAGGUUCCUAUCAGGCAGAUUCUCAAGUUCAAGGACCAAAAGAUCGACUACCAGGCAUCGCUGGUGCGCAACAAGGACGCCACCCUCGCCAUGCUACAGCUGGCCGGAAGCCUCUUCCUGAAUGGGGCCGACAUCAUGUUCGACCAAGUCAACUAG